CGGAAAACAAGUUUACCUAAUUUCACACUAUAUUUCACCUUUCACUACGUGUCUAUUACUAUAUUCAAUAUUCUCGGACAAUACAUUAUUUCAUUUAGUGAAAUAAUCUGGUAAUUUGCUUGGACCAUAAGCUGGAAAAUUUUUUAUUAUGAUAUCAGACUUAAUUAUAGCUGGGUACGUUAAAAUUAUGAAAGCAUGUUGAAUUCCCGUGGAGUUCCUUACUUACGUUUUUUCCUUAUAGAACUCUACUGAUAAACGCUGCAGCUAUCUUAAAUUUUAAAUUGUAAGUAAUCGUUUUAUAAUACGCUUAUACUUAUUCUGCAACUGAUCAUUGGUAGACAAGGAAGAUCCAAUUAUCAUUCUACUGACGAACUAACUGUUGGUGAUAAAAUACGCGAAUUCUUAAAGAGCUUGCAGUUUUUUCGAAUUUUUAUUGCUUUGUGGAAUAUAUUUAUUAUGCUAUUGAUGAUUUUGUAAGUAAAAUGAAAAGAAGCUCAUUAUUGAACUAACUGGCUAGAAAGAAAGAUUCUUUUGAAUAUUAUUGAUUUGUUUUUUUAAAGAUAAAACAGAAUAUAGAAUAUUUUCCUUUUCAGCUUUUUUGGCCAUUAAAACAGAAUGACAGAACCACAAAAACCAUUAACAUUUUCUCAAAUGGUCGAUCGUAUGAUCGGCGAAAAUCGGCAACCACGACAGGAUAUUUUAAGUAAAGCUGGACUUGAUAAAGUGCAACAAGCUCCACAAGAAAUAAGAAUUCAAAGACUCUUUGAAAGUUGUGUGUUUAAGUCAGGACUUAGCUGUGUUGUUGGCGGGGGUUUAGGAGCUGCUUUUGGAAUCUUUACUGCUGGUAUUGAUCCCAACAUAACUGGAACUCAAACACCGACGGUGAAGCUUGUAUGGAAAGAGAUGAAAUUCAGGACAGUUUCGUAUGCAAAAAAUUUCGCUCUCAUUGGCGCUAUGUUUGCCGGAACGGAGUGUGUAAUUGAAUCUUAUAGAGGAAAAACUGAACUUUUUAAUGGUACAGCUAGUGGAGCCAUUGUUGGAGGCGUUAUCGGUUUCAGAGCGGGGCUUCAAGCAGGUUUAUUAGGAGCAGCUGGUUUUGCAGCCUUCAGCGCAGCAAUAGAUUACUAUUUUAGACAUUAA